UUUUCAACAUAACCUGCGUGCAAGUGAGAAUAAUAAGGGUCACAGGUUUUUCACACGGGAAAGAAAGAGAGUUCCAACUAUUCAUGAAUUAAUUGUAUAACAUAAUAUAGACAUGGAACGCAUGCUAGUGUGGGUUUCCUUAUCGUGUUAAAAUCAAUGUAUGAAGUUAACCGUCUCUCUAGUUUAUUGGUCUCUGGUGAGCGGCGCGCGCUGCGCGAGGGGCGGAGCGCCCGUCGCCCGCCGGCACUCGGCAGUGCUCACGUCACAGUGCCAGCCCGUCAUUCCGCGCGCCGCGCCUCCCGCCCGCGGCCUCCAAUCACUCGGUGAUUCAGUGAUAAACAAACCUCGCCGGUGAUUCCUUGUCAGACAUGCUGCGAGCUUGAUUUCCCGCCCGGGAACCCAGAGCUGCCUUCAUGCAUCAUCGUUCACAACCUACACAGCACAAAUGUCAGCCGCCGCCGCACGGACAACGGCGGUUUUAUCACAUUUUAGAAAAUGACUGAAGGUCCUCUGUUACAUCAUGAUAAGCCGGUGAGUGUUCGACGACGAUUAUGUGGUGCAGUGGUGUGAACGGUGAUUUAUUGUUGGUUGAUUACGAUCAUCUGUCAAAUGUGUACGUGCCAACUUGAGCUUUAUUGCGUGGGAAUAAGAUGUGCGUACGCAUAUGGCUAGAGGUUGGUCACGAGUGCGAACCGCGGCGAUCCGCGCUUGGCCGGGCGCUUGCUCUGGACUGGCGGGUGUGGGUGCGUGGCGCCAGCGGUCACGACAUCAGCGCCUUCGUGCACAAGUUCUCCAAGAGCCACCUUACGAGAUCCAAGAGUCCGGGUGCGCAUCGAUAGACAUACCGAUACAUGUGUACCUGAAAUACAGUAACCGUCCAAAGAAAAUUCGACUCAGAUACAGUCUGCACAUAGAGAACAACACCAAGAGCAGUUCAGAGUCCCGGUGCAUAUACUACGACUUCGAGAACCCGUCGGAGCAGCUGUGCCAGGCCCUGAUGAGCGGCGGCGGGGAGCCGGUGUCGCGCGCCGCCGCGCUGGACGGCGCCAAGCGGCUCGUGGUGGUGCUCUCCGACGGCGACGACCGUCCGCGCCGGCCUCUCAAACCCAAGAAGUACAAGUUCGUCGAGCCCGUGCCGUGCAAGCACGCGCCCAAGAAACGGACCAAAACCUAUAUACUAGACGAGAUUUGCUCAAAGUGCGGCGAAUCGACCGCAGUCGACAUCAGAAAACAGCUGCGCGCAGUGGCCAUGACUGACGAAGAGAUAAGCCAAAUAUCGCAGUUGUACAUGUCGUAUACGAGUUACGAGAAAUCUGUGGACGCGCUAGUGUUGCCACCGCUGACCGACCCCAUAUACAGGGUGCCCGAGCUGCCGAUGCGCCUGCGCGAAGCUCUCAAGACUGCCGACGCGGGCCACGCGAUGUGACGUGCCUUCUGUAAGACACUCGUGAUGUGAUAUUACUCGGUGCCAUUAACACUUGGUGCAUUUGUUGCGCGCCCCUCUAGUGUUCACAUAGUGAAGCCGUGAAAAUAUAUUGAAUGAAUAACAUUUACUCUCUCGUUAUAUUUUAUAUAAAAUUUACUUGUUAGAGAAUUAUUUACCUACUUCUAUUACUAUACAAAUACCUACUAUAAAAGUACAUUAGAAUAAGUGGUAAGUUACCGUGGUACGAAUACGUGCGCUGUGAAUAAGAUCUCAAUUCUCAAAAGAGGUGUCUAUUUAUAGCUUGUAGUGAAUAGUGAAAUAUAUAUUCGUUUAUAAGUAAAUUAGUUAUACGUGAUUAUUUAUAGUCAAGGUUGUGCAAGUUAGUCAGGUGUUCAGCCUAAAUUGUAAAAGUUUUAACUAUUUAUGCUAUUAGUAAUUGUUUAAAUAAUGUCUAAGUAAGGAUUUCUUCCUAUUUAUCUCAAUUUUGCUUUGAUGUGAAUAUCGGAGACAUUUUUUUGUACAUUUGCAUUAAAAGUUGUUUAGCUUAUAUACGUAUUGUUAAUCAUUAAAAUAAGGCAAGCGUAAUAUGACAGGGUAUUAGAAUUUAUUGCCUCUUUCAAUGAAAGUACUGUAAAGAGGAAAUAUGUAUUCCAAUUUAACGCGAAUUUUAUAUCGUGAUACAUCAAAUUGUUACAUAUUAUUGCUAUUAAAAAAAUAUAUAUUUC